AGAGAGAGAGAGAGAGAGAGAGAGAGCGAUUGUGUGUGACUGUGAGAGAGCGAGAAAAAGUGCCACCACGAGAGCCUUCCCUCGGGCCCCAAUCAGAGUUCGCCACGCCCACGUCUCACUUAUCUGUCACCGGCUCCGACGCUUAACUGGGCCGGCAGUCACAUGCUCUUUGGCGCUCCUACCCACAACAGAUUUCCUCAAUCUCAGAAGGAAAGAAUUGCGUUUACAUGAAUUUGCAGGAUGGGCCCUGAAUUGGAGGUGAAACCAAAGUCGGGAGCUGCUAUGGAAGUUUCAGUCGCUAAGGAUGGAACUACCCAUCAUGACGUAGUCGUAGAUGAUAAGUUUAUGCCUUGUGUAAGUAACUACAAAGAUAAUAUCUUGGAAAUGGAAGAAACAUUGGUUGGACAAACUACUGUCUCAAAUAAAAGGGAGAAUGCGGAGCUAAACAGAACUGGUGGUACAAGUCCUGAUGAUGUUCAGAUUCUUGAAGGUGAACGUGGGGAUUUGACAGAGAAUUCAAGUUCUUUUGGUGAUACAAUUUCUGGGACAGAGGAUGGUUCAACGUUGGAUGGUGACGAAGCUGAUUCACAGUUAGGUGAAAAUGAGCACGCUUCAGUAUAUGAUGGGUAUUUUGGUGCAUUUCAAACAAGGAAGAAAAAGUUGACCCCCGAGUGGAGAAAUUUUAUACGUCCUGAAAUGUGGCGGCUUAAAUGGCUGGAACUGCAGAUUAAGGAACUUCUGUCCCAGACCCAAAAGUAUGAUUCCGAACUUGCAAAGUAUGACAAAGAAAAGCUGUCUGCAUUUGAGGGCUUCACAUCAGAAGGUUUUGAUGCAAUGCCAACACCAAAGUUGAUGAAAAGGAAGAAAAGAAAGAGAGUUGAAGAUACUACUGACAUAGCAUCAUAUAUGUCACACCAUAAUCUGUUCUCCUAUGUUCCAGAAAGUAAGAAGACUGCUGCUAAUGGUGUUUGCAUGCAGGAAGACUGGGGUGAUCUCGCAGGAGCUAAAACUAGUUAUGGCCAUAAUGAGUUUGAGACAAAUGAUAUAUGGUCAUCUCUCGAGUUCAGAGAUGGUAAUAGUUCCUUGGAAGAUAUUCUUUGGAAGAUUGAAGUGGUACAUUCACAAGUAUGGCAGUUGAAGACUCGAAUUGACAAGGUCGUGCAGGAAAAUCCUGGGAACUUUUCUGCUAACCAUUUCCUAGUACCAUGUGAUACAUCGAAUGGCUCUGCUCAAAAUCCUGCUUCUCCUCCUGAAAAUGGAAAUACAUUACUAGUGGAAACUUUAUCCACUGCAUCUCAGCAUGUCAAGUUUAACAUUGGAAAUCUAUUUUUACCUCAGAGUGCAGUUUCAAGUCAUGAAGAGCUGACCCCUCUUCCUAGUAUGAUUGGAAAUACAGAUCAGCCUUGGCUUGGCAAUGUACUUGAAAAUGUUGAGGAUGGGUGCCUUAUACCUAAUGCUGCUGUCAAGGAUGAGCCAUAUAAUUUUGAAGUUAAAGAUCAGCUCAUCCAGAAGCCUCACAUAUCACUUGAAGAGCAGGAAACCAAUUUUCCUGUUCCGGUAUCAGAAACUGAGUUGCCCACAAACUUACCUGUUCCGGUUUCGGAAACUGCAUUGCCGACAAGUUCCAGUGUACCUAAUGCAACUCAUGAAUUAGAUUCCACCACCAGGACUAAUUUCCGUUGGAACACAAGAAAUCGAGGGAGGAGAAAACCUGGCUCGUAUGCAUAUAAGUUGAGCCGGAAAUCGUAAAGCUAGCUGGAUUAGAAGUGACAUAAUAUUACUUUUGUUAUGAUAUCUUGUAUAUGCUGCUUAUUCUGCUGUACAUGCUCUCACACAUGCAAAUAUGAUUUCAACUGUACAUGCUGCUCAUUUAGGCACACACACACGCUACUCCGGUGGAAACAUUAAUAUUUGUUUGAUGCUUUUGAUCAAAUUUUGGGCAUUUUUCCGGAAUUACGGGUUGCUAUAUUAGCAUCGAAUUAACUGCUUA